UCGCACCACUACCAAAAUUAAAUCCGCGACAGUUUAUCAUAGUGACCUUGCUGUAGUUUAGAUAACUAUGACCCAGUGAUUCAGUUAAACGUGCCCGGCGACGCGAGAUGCAUCUCUGGAAGGUACCACUUUUGAUCACCAUCUGCGUGGCAGUAUGUCAAGCCGUGCUCCGUACCACCAACGUCACAACCACGAUGGCCCCACCAACGCUACCCACUCUGCCCUCCCCUACCGAGAACCAGCUCUCUGUAUCCUCCGUGACCUGCCCUGAUGACGUCAGCACGAGCCCCCUCCAGCGGCUGAGGAGAGCCAUGAGGGACACGAUGUAUACGCAGAUGAGCAGCUUCUUUGAUGCGUUCCUGGUGUUUUACAGCGACGAGCACUUGAGCGAGGAACCGCCAGCGGACGAACGGCGCCUACAAUACAUCAGCGGCUGGGACGGAGCCGGUAUUGCCGUAGUUCUGGCACAAGGCGAAGCAGCAGUCUGGGUGGCCAGUGGUGAUGUGGGAAGAGCAAGGGCUUCUCUGUCCUGCUCUUGGUUGAUUAUUGAUGCUGAUGACUCCGGACAGCCUAGUAUCGCUGAGUGGAUUACGACCCGCAUCGGCCACACCGGUCGCGUCGGCGCCGACGCUCGCCUCGUCUCCAUAUCUGAGUGGUCAGCUUUGGCCACGGGGCUACAGCCUAGUGGAAUAUCUCUGGUCCAUGUGCCGACGUUACUAGAUCAGUUAUGGAAUGAAGAGACGGAGCCAGAACGGCGAAGACCGGAACCUUCCAGGAUCGUGGCUAGCUUGCAUCAGAACGACUGCACAGGACUCAGUUGGCGAGACAAAGUAUCCUUCGUCCGCAAUGAGCUCCGCGUGCUCGGAGCCGAUGCCAUGGUGGUGACUGCUCUCGAUGAGGUAGCUUGGCUUCUGAACGUGCGUGGGCGGGAUCUUCCUUACGCCCCGCUUCUGAAGGCCUUCGUCGUUGUCAGCACCAGGGACCUGAAGGUGUACGUGCCACAAGGCAAGCUAUCCAUGCCGGUACGCGAAGCGUUAGCCGUUUACAACUGCCCCAUUCACAACAACAAUUGUACCAGCAUAAAAGACUACUCCAUGAUCUACACCGACCUCCGGCGCAUCACUGAGGCCAAAGUCCUCAUCCCUUCCGGAGGAACAUUCCAGAAGGGCGCCUCGGCAGCCAUAGCCCAGAGCGUGCCUCGGAACAGAGGGUUCUACGUGCUGUCGCCUAUUAUGUACCUGAAGGCGCAGAAGACGAAUGCCGAAGUGAAGUGUAUGAGGAAGGCGCAUUUGAGGGAUGCUGUUGCGAUGUGCACUCUUAUUAGCUACCUCCAAGGAAUGGUAAAAGGCCAGUCCGAGCUCUCAGUAGCCAUGAAAGUAGACGUGACCCGCGCCACGCAGGCCAACUACGUGGGCCCGGCGAUGCGCACGCGCGUGUCCUUCGGCGCGAGCGGCGCUGACCCGGACUACCGCGCCACUGUGCAGUCUAACCGACAAGUGUUCAGCAACACUACCCUGGUGAUACAGUCUGGAGGACAAUAUAUAGAGGGCACAACCUUGGUGACCCGCACGCUCCACUAUGGCAGCCCUCAGGCCAGCGAGCGUCGUGCAUACACGACAGUGCUGCGCUCUCUCGCGGCGUUAUCGACAUUUCAACCACCAGCGGCGUUGCCGGCUGCCCACGCAGAUCCUAUCGCUCGCGCACCGCUGUGGGCCGCGAGGCAAGACUAUAUGAGGCCCACGGGCUUCGGAGUUGGUGCAGCUAAUCAUAGAAAAGAAGACCCCGUUGUCGUUGACUACAGACAAGACAAAAACCUGUACACACUAUCGGAAGGAUACUUUAUCACAGUCGAGCCCGCUUGGUACGAGCCAGGCAAGUUCGGAAUCGUGCUGGGGAACAUUCUGGAAGUGGGCGCCAAGUCCAACGAAUACCUGUACUUCACCGAGGCCACUCUGGUGCCGUUCGAGCGGAGUCUCAUCGAGGUGUCCAUGCUCACGGAAUAUGAGCUAACCUGGUUGAACAACUACAACAAGCGGAUCCGCGACGUGGUCGGCCCCGAGCUGAAGGCGCAGGGCCUCACGGACGUGUUCUACUGGAUGAUGAACAAGACUGUCCCGUACCCGCUGCCCUCUAAACAGGCCAAGUGUAAGGCCAGCUCUGCCGACUGGAGGCAACCGGUUGCUGUUGUUAUAGCUGGGGUUCUUGGUUUGAUUAUUUUGUUAUAAGAAUUUGUGUUAGAUGCGGUUUUAUGGGUGAGAACUUCGCAGAAUUAAGCAUAAGGUAGACCCUGAUGAAAUUAAUCUAAAAUACUCACGUACGUCAUGCGUCAUGAUCUUGAAAUAAAUAUGUAUGGAGUAAUGCUAAUACUGAUGUUUCAAAUAAUUUUAUUAAUUAUACUGAUAGGUGUACCUAAGUAUAUUCCUGAUGUUUACUUCUGCUAAUUCUGGUGGUGGUGGGCCAUUUUUUUCAAAGUUGUCCACCCCACUUUUUAUGUAACGCGAUUCAUACUCAGAAUCGCGAGGUCUUUCGAUCCUGAUAGGAGAAAAAAAAUGUCCCAAGACUUCCACACAAUUUUCAAACCUUCCAUUUCCGUUACCGCCAUACAAAAAUGUAUGAAAAAAUGGUAACGGAAUGGGAAAAAAACCUUGGGACACUUUUUAUCUCUUCAUCAUAUCACUCUUUAGGAUUGGAGGAGCUCGCGAUUCUGAGUGGAGUCCACAUAAAAAAAUCCCAAUUAAAAAAAAGCGGGGUGGACCACUUUGAAAAAAAUGGCCCAGGUACUAAAUACGACUUGUCGCUAAUAGACGCAGUUUCAUAGUAAAUACAGAAGGCGAAUUAAUGAGAUUCGACUCAGCGAGCCUAUAAUUAGUGGAUGACAGCCUUAAGUCACCAUUGGGUUUGUAACAUAGGCUGCGCGUUACAAAAUAACUCGAACAAUUUAAUUAUUUUUACAGUAUUUUGAACUACUUUACGCAACUUAGGCACUGGUCCCAGCAAACGCGAGUAAGCUAUAAGCUGUCAUUGGUAGAAACCACAGAUGUCAUAUAUACCAUAGAUCAAGCAAACGUAUCUACUUAGCGUGUCAAAUGAACUCAGUGAAAUCCACUGAGUUGUCCGUCUUUAAUCGCAGCUUGCAGCUUC